AUGCGAGGCUGCUCUGCUGAAUCGACGCUGGGCUCCUCAGGCGGUGUGAAGACAAGAUCCUCAGGCGGCACUGCGCAGAGACACGCGGGGCUCCUCAGGCGACGCGACGCAGGACUACGCAACGUGACGCCGGAAAGCUUUAGAAGACGCGACGCCCUACGAUGCUUAAGCGGACAGCGCAAUAUGAAGCGGUGCGAUGCAACGCCGGAUGGACAAGAUGCCACGCAGGGCUCCGCAAGUGACGAGACGCGAUAUGACGCAACGCGAGGUCCUCUGGCAAAGCGGAACAAUGCCACGCAGGGCUCCGCAAGUGACGAGACGCAGUAUGACGCAACGCGAGGUCCUCUGGCAAAGCGGAACAAUGCCACGCAGGGCUCCGCAAGUGACGAGACGCAGUAUGACGCAACACGAGGUCCUCUGGCAAAGCGGAACAAUGCCACGCAGGGCUCCGCAAGUGACGAGACGCGGUAUGACGCAACGCGAGGUCCUCUGGGUCCUCAGGUGGCGUGGGACGAAGCGACACGGCACGAUGCGACAGCAGGCUCCUCAGCCAAAGCAACGCAGGGCUCCUCAGGCGACACGACGCAGGACGAUGCAAAGAAAGGUGAGGCGACGCAACACGCCUUCUCCAGCGAUGCAAUGCAAGGCUGCUCUGCUGAAUCGACGCUGGGCUCCUCAGGCGGUGUGAAGACAAGAUCCUCAGGCGGCACUGCGCAGAGACACGUGGGGCUCCUCAGGCGACGCGACACAGGACUACGCAACGUGACGCAGGAAAGCUUUAGAAGACGCGACGCACUACGAUGCUUAAGCGGACAGCGCAAUAUGAAGCGGUGCAACGCAACGCCGGAUGGACAAGAUGCCACGCAGGGCUCCGCAAGUGACGAGACGCGAUAUGACGCAACACGAGGUCCUCUGGCAAAGCGGAACAAUGCCACGCAGGGCUCCGCAAGUGACGAGACGCAGUAUGACGCAACACGAGGUCCUCUGGCAAAGCGGAACAAUGCCACGCAGGGCUCCGCAAGUGACGAGACGCGGUAUGACGCAACGCGAGGUCCUCUGGGUCCUCAGGUGGCGUGGGACGAAGCGACACGGGACGAUGCGACAGCAGGCUCCUCAGCCAAAGCAACGCAGGCCUCCUCAGGCGACGCAACGCAGGACGAUCCAAAGAAAGGUGAGGCGACGCAACACGCCGUCUCCAGCGAUGCAAUGCAAGGCUGCUCUGCUGAAUCGACGCUGGGCUCCUCAGGCGGUGUGAAGACAAGAUCCUCAGGCGGCACUGCGCAGAGACACGCGGGGCUCCUCAGGCGACGCAACGCAGGACGACGCAACGUGACGCCGGAAAGCUUUAGAAGACGCGACGCCCUACGAUGCUUAAGCGGACAGCGCAAUAUGAAGCGGUGCAACGCAACGCCGGAUGGACAAGAUGCCACGCAGGGCUCCGCAAGUGACGAGACGCGAUAUGACGCAACGCGAGGUCCUCUGGCAAAGCGGAACAAUGCCACGCAGGGCUCCGCAAGUGACGAGACGCGGUAUGACGCAAUGCGAGGUCCUCUGGGUCCUCAGGUGGCGUGGGACGAAGCGACACGGGACGAUGCGACAGCAGGCUCCUCAGCCAAAGCAACGCAGGGCUCCUCAGGCGACACGACGCAGGACGAUGCAAAGAAAGGUGAGGCGACGCAACACGCCUUCUCCAGCGAUGCAAUGCAAGGCUGCUCUGCUGAAUCGACGCUGGGCUCCUCAGGCGGUGUGAAGACAAGAUCCUCAGGCGGCACUGCGCAGAGACACGUGGGGCUCCUCAGGCGACGCGACACAGGACUACGCAACGUGACGCAGGAAAGCUUUAGAAGACGCGACGCACUACGAUGCUUAAGCGGACAGCGCAAUAUGAAGCGGUGCAACGCAACGCCGGAUGGACAAGAUGCCACGCAGGGCUCCGCAAGUGACGAGACGCGAUAUGACGCAACACGAGGUCCUCUGGCAAAGCGGAACAAUGCCACGCAGGGCUCCGCAAGUGACGAGACGCGGUAUGACGCAACGUGA